CCCUUAUUUCCCAGAGUCAUGCCCAUUGUCCUCUUAAGAAUUAAGAUUAUUUAGAACAGGGGUUAAAAAAAAAAACAAACAAACCUGAAACAGUGAUCUGAGUUUUUUAAACUUCCAUAUAGACUCUUGGGAGUCCAGGCCAUGAAAGGAUCUGAACACAGAAUUUAUGGAAUUGCUAUGUACUAAAAAGGUAAUAGAGGGACUCAGUUCUGUAGAAACUACAAGGUAGUCACCGAUCCUGGGAAGAAACACUGGCUAUAACACUGGUAGAAAAAUCAAGAGAAAUAGAAAUGAAGAGACCCAGAAGAAGGGUGUCAUUAGCAAAGGGGGAAAUUCUCAGUACCAUGUGAAAGUUAAGACACUGACUAAAAGCCAGGGCAAUGUGUCCAAAGUCUUCAUUCCUAUUUGAAGAAGUCCCACACUUUACAUGGUAAAGAAGAAACUGUAUCUGACAAUCUUGUCAAUGUGGCCUGUGAGCCUUUCAUUAAUAAUGGCUUGAUUAUAAUAAUGUAACCUACAGAUAAUCUAAUCAUCUGUAGAUUAUCCAACAGAAGGACACAUUUCUGUUCUAGAAUGUGAGGCUGAGGCUCAGGCUAUCUGAGGCUGUCUGAACAGUUGGAGCAUAGCUUUUUAUAAAGACUUGAGACACUCAAAAUACUCCAAACAUAUAGGGUUGAUCCUUGUUGCUAAAAGGACCAGUGGGAGUAUGCAAGGGGUUGGGAUAGAGAGGACACCAACAUAGGCUUUUGGGUGGGAUCUAUCCCAACUCUGAGCUCAUAUUUAGUAUGUAUUAAUAUGUUUUUUUAAAGUCUCAAGGAAAGGAAAGCUGAGAAUAUCAACUUUUUGAAGGUGUUGAUUCAUUUAAAUGACAUAAUUUAUGAGCAAGGGCUGUCUAAGUUAUUGGGUUAUUGUAUGUGUGUAUAAAGAAGGCAGAACACCAAAGAAUUGAUGCUUCAAACUGUGGUGCUGGAGAAGACUUCUGAGAGUACCUUGGACAGCAAGGAGAUCAAAUCAGUCAAUCUUAAAGGAGAUCAACCCUGAAUAUUCACUAGAAGAACUGAUGCUGAAGCUGAAGCUCCAGUAUUUUGAUCAUCUGAUGUGAAUAGACAACCCAUUGGAAAAAGCUCUGAUGCUGGGAAAGAUUGAGGGCAGAAGGAGAAGUGGGCAUAAGAGGUUGAAAUGGUUGGACAGCAUCACUGAUUCAAUGAACAUGAACUUGGCAAACUCUGGGAGACGGUGAGGGAUGUAGAGGCCUGGUGAACUGCAAUUCAUGGGGUUGCAAAGAGUCAGACAUGACUGGGCAACUGAACAUCAGCAAUGUGUGUGCAUGGGUGGGUAGGAGGGCAGGUUUGAAACUACAUCUUGAUAAAUGCCAGUUCUACAGCAUCUUUCAAAAGAAUAUGAGGUUAGUGCUGACUACCAAAUGAUUUCUCCUGCCAUCUCCAUGUCUUAUUUUCUUUAUUUUUACAGAGCUAAGCUUUAUUUAUUUUGGUCUCAUUGAUCAUACAAGGAAUGUGUCAAGUAUUACCCUGAGAUUCCCAUCUUUCUAAUUGAGCUGACAGCUAUCUUCCAGGUGAUAUUAGACCCCCUCGCUCCAGUCUGAGUUCUUAAGGCAGUCUUCAAAAUGGAAGAAGAGAGGAUCUUCUGCUCUUAUGAGCCUUUCAGGGAACAGUGGAACCUGAACAUAGGAGAAGUUCAGACCAUGGUGACGCUGCACUUAACCCUCACUAAUCUCUGAAAGCCUUUUGUUUUAUCAAAUAAUCUCCUCUUGAGGCUGCACCUCCCAUCACAGCUUUUCCCAUGUUUCUUUGCUGGAGUAAGCUUUAAAGUCUUUCUUAUCACCAAGAGUAUAUAAAGCAGUGGUCCCUAAUGCACUAAGAUCUCAGGACUCUCAGGACUGGCCAGUUUGACAAGAGGUCUUCUCUACUGAGCAUGAAAAGAGGGAAAUAGAACUGCUUACCAUUGAGCAAUUCACUGAGGCCAGUGCAGGAGGCCUCCCUUUCUGUUGCUAGCACAGACCACAACCUCGCUCAGCUCUGUGGAGACAGCUUCUCUGAAGAUUCACUUCUUUAUUUGCAGCAGAGCUACCUUCUCUAACAAUUUCCAACCUUUCCCUAACAAGAGAUAGUCGCCACUACCCUAAUGCCCUCUGCCACAGUGAGACGAGACUAUCCCUCAAAUUCCCAGAUCCUGAGAGACAGAGUGAGUCUUUUCAGAUGUCUAAAUGUAGGAGGCUCUGAAGGAAACUGUUUCACUAUUUGAUGCAGCCAAUCACUUUCUCAUUCUUCAUGUGGCUCCUGGGAUAACUUACUCUUCUAGCUUUUCUCUUCUGGUCACACAUUCUUCUUGGAUAGACCCUUUUAAUAAACAUGACCUUUAGAUGUUGGGGACAGGGGCAGGUCUUGGUCUAUAGGACUGCUCUCAUUAAUUUAAAGUCACUUUUAGUUUUCUAGAUAGAUAAAUAUAGAUAUUGCUGCCAUUGUUUUGUCACUAUGUCAUGUCCGACUCUUUGAGACCCGUGGACAGUGGCCCACCACGUCCUCUGUCCAUGGGAUUUCCCAGGCAAGAAUACUGGAGUAGGUUGCCAUUUCCUUCUGCAGAUAUAUAGAUGUAGACUUAUGCUGAUGAUUCUCAAAUUCAGUGUUCAACUUGGUCCUCUUUCCUAGUCUCUGAUCUCAUAAACCCAACUAGCUGUAUUAUGCACUUACCGAUUUCAGUAUAAGGCAGAAUAUAUGAUACCCCCUCAAGAAAUCUUCCAGUAUACACAUCUCAACAAGUGGUUCCAUCAUUUAUCCAGUCUCAAGACAAAAAUCCGUGAGGGCCAUUGUCCUUUGUCCAAAGGGUAAAUUCUCCUUUGUCCUCCAUUCCUGCUCCCUUCCCAUCACAACUAGUCCUACAAUAAGUUCUCACAGCUUUUUUGUCAUCCUUAAAUGUAUGCUGAUUCUUACCACUUUUCAUUGCUUCUCUCACUAUCGCACUAGGCUACACGAUCUUUACUUCUCACCUGAUACUGCAAUAGCCUUCUUGCUGCCCUAUAUUUUUUCUCUUUUUAGAGUGAUCACUGACAUUAAUCUCUUCCAUACCUACUUUACUGCUGCUAUAUUGACCUCCUUACUGCCAUCCAAGGUUUUGCUUGACCUCCUCUGCCUACAAUGCCCUUCCUCUGGAUGUAUCCAGGGCACUCUCCCCACCUUCAUUCAGGUCUCUUCUCCAACACCAUCUCCUAAGACACUCCCUUAUCAUAUGGUCUAAAGUGGCAGACACCCCUCGUCAUUCUUCUCUCUCUUAUUCCCAUUUAUUUUCCUCACAACUUUUUUCUCUAGAUAACAUUUGUGUUGAUUGCCUGCCUUCCAAAGACUAUAGUUUUAUGAGGGCAGGAACUUUGUCUUGUCUACUAUAUCCUUAGCCUCCAAAACAGUGGAGGCACAUAGUAGGUAUCUGAUGAAUAUUGAAGAAAGAAUGAAUGAAAGAAUCUCAGUUCACAACACAAAUAGGAAGCUUACCUUGCACAGCUAGAGACUCUGGAGUUAACAGAUAAAUAUUGGCUUUUGCAAAAGAGUAUCUUUCUGACUUUUAUUUUCAUGUUAAUGAAUUAUUUAAGUAUAUCUAUGUAUGUCAUUGCCUUUAAACUGUGGCCAGGCAGUUUAACUCUAUUACAGAUUUUUUUACUAUACAGGGGAAAACAGGAUAAUAUAUUGUUUGGAACUUGUAGACUUUUUUAGCAGCUAUAAUAAGAUAUAAUUGAGAUACAUAAAAUUGCAUCUGUUGAAAGUAUAUAAUUUGAUUGGUUUUGACAAAGGUAUGUACCUGUGAAACCCCUAUCACUCUGCUUUCACUUAGAUUAUGGUUCAAAUCUUGGCUCUAAAAUUUAGCAGCAGAGUGAGUUUUGGCAAGGUAUUGAACUCCAAUAGUUUAUUUAUCUGAAAACUGGAGGCAAGAUUAGUAUUUUUCCCACAAGAUUAUUGAAAUGAAUAAAUGAGAUAACAUGGAUAGUGCCUUGUAAAUAAUAAGCAUAUGAUAGCUUAUGGUACUUUUUUAGCUAAGUAAGAAUCCCAUCCCCCGCCCAUGGGAUUCUCCAGGCAAGACUACUGGAGUGGGUUACCAUUUCCUUCUCCAGGGGAUCUUCCUGACCCAGGGAUCGACCCCAGGUCUCCCACAUUGCGGGCAGACGCUUUAACCUCUGAGCCACCAGGGAAGCCCAAAUAAGUAAUACCUAAAAGCUAUCUGAAAUAUUUUUAUUUUAUAGUGCUUUUUAAAAUAGAAUAAAAAACUUAAAUUCCUCUUUGGGCCAGGCAAACAAUUAAAGAUUUUCAGAACCAGGAUUAGUGGAUUUAUGAGGACAAUUGGAAAUGGAAUGAUAUAAAAACAUUCAAACUUAAAAUCUACCCCCACGCCCCAUUCCCACCAAGAAAAAAAAAAACAAAACGCAAGAAGGAAAAGGAAUUGUGUUGGCCCUACAAAACAAAUCUGCAGGUUGUGUUCAGCCUAUAGAAUACAAGUUUUUAACCCCCAGCACUGUGAAAUAAGAGAAGGGGUUUUAGUGUGAAAUUUACUUUAUUCAGUAAAUAUUUUACAAAUGACUGGUUCCAUUGAAGAGACAGUAUUGGAGAGGAGGCAAACAGAAAAGUAGAGGGACCAGUUAGGAAACUGUUUAAACAAUCUACAUUUGUUGGUUUAGAAUAUAUUGAUAGCAGAGAUGAAGAGAAAUGAACAUAUUUGAUAUGCAUGCUGGAGGUAGAAUAGACAUUGCUUUUUUGUGUGUCCAUACACAGAAACUGAAUUGUCCUUAAAAAUUUUUAAAGUCAUUAAAAAAGUAGUGAGCUAUUAGGCUUUCUUCCUUUCUACUUCAAUUCCUUGAUUCUUCUAAUAUAAUUUUUAUAUGACUUUACUAUCUAAAAUUAACUGGAUCUCUUUAUGCUUGCUUACUAGAGGAAGUGAGCACACAGCCAACUGGGCUGGACCUCACUAAGUUUCAGUUUCCUGUUCUCUGCUUCUCCAAAGCCUCAAGGUUGCUGAGAAAAUUUUUGCUCUCACUUUGUGCCUGCCUAGCUGUCAGACAGAGCAGCUACCCUCAGCUUCAGCCCUUGAAGAGAUCCUCCAAACAGAUUGAGAAGUAUGGAAGUGGCAACUCGUUUGACAUGGAUGCAAGAAAAAAAGCUGCAAAAUUACUUUGGAGAAAAGCAGUUAAGCCUUCUCUAUAAGGCCAGUGUCCAUGGAUUUUCUACUGAUAGGUUGCUUCAGAUAUGCUCUAAACAAGGACCUACUCUAACAGUGAUUUACAAUGAAGAUCAGAUUGUUGGGGCAUAUAUGCAAAAGGACUAUGGGGAAGGAAACUAUUUAAUCGCUGUUUUUGUCUUUCAAGAGACUACAAUUACAGAAUGCAAAGUAGGACCAUUUAAACUACCUAUGUUGUUUGAUAAAGACGUUGAUGGAAAUCUUGAAGUCAGUAUACAUCUAAAGGGAAAAACAAUGUAUUUUAGUAUAAAUGCAAUGGAAAAACUUGGACUAUCUCAAAAUUAUAUUUCCUUCCAAGACUGUGAAGUUUUUCGAAGUGAAGAUUUAUUGGACAAAAGGAGGAUGAAUGGAAUUACUAAGCUCAAGGAGAGCUUAUUGUGUGCUAUCAGAAAUUAUGUACCAUAUGGAGGCCUGGUUCACAAAGUUCGCAUUCUGCUUCUGGGUCCAGUUGGAGCUGGGAAGUCUAGCUUUUUCAACUCAGUGAGGUCUAUUUUCCGAGGCCAUGUAACAAACCAGGCUUUGGUGGGUUCUAAUCCAACUGGGACAUCUGAAAAGUACAGAACAUAUUUCAUUAAGGAUGGGAAGGAUAACAACACUCUGCCGUUUAUUCUGUGUGACUCAAUGGGGCUGAGUGAGAAAGAAGGCCUGGACAUGGAUGACAUACCCUAUAUCUUAGAAGGCCAUUUUCCUGACAGAUACCAGUUUAAUUCCUUGAAACUAAGGCCAAAAGGCAUUGGUAACCAUACAGGCUGCCCAUUGCUGAAGGACAGAAUCCAUUGUGUGGCAUUUGUGUUCAAUGCCAACUCUGUAGGACAGCUCUCCCAUGAGAUGGUGGAAAAGAUCAAAAGAAUUCGAAGGGAGUUGAUUAAAUCUGAUGUGGUCCAUGUGGUGUUGCUCACUCAUGUGGAUACCUUGGAUCUGAUUACAAAAGGUGACCUCAUAGACGUAUACAAAUGUGUGCCUGUGAAACUUCAGCUAGAGGCAGUUCACAGAAAACUUGGAUUCGCUCUUUCUGACAUCUUUGUGGUUAGUAAUUAUACCUCAGAGUGGGAGCUGGAGCCUGUCAUAGAUGUCCUGAUCCUCUCUGCACUGAAAGAGAUGCUGCGGGCUGCAGAUGACUUCUUAGAGAAUUUUCCUCUUGAGAAAACAGUUUAAAGAAGAUACACCUUUAGCUUUAGGAGCAUCCAAUGUCUGGGAUUCAAAAUCUCAGUCAACAGAAACAAACUAAAUGAUUGGGUCAUUUCUGCCCCCUAGUGGUCAAUGCUCUAAAUGGUGAAGAUGCUGCUGCUGCUACUGCUGCUAAGUCACUUCAGUCCUGUCCGACUCUGUGUGACCCCAUAGACGGCAGCCCACCAGGUGGUAAAGGUCAAAUUUGGAAGCUCAAAUAAAAACUAAGGCUUGUUGAAAUGGAAGAUGAUUUUCUCCUGGUGUUGAAUAUAUGACAGCAUUUGGAAAUGCUGAGUUCUGUGCUAGAAUAAUUUAUUCCUGGCGUUAUUUCAGACAUUAUUCAUGCAUGUUUGCAAACUAAGGUAUUAUUAACAUAUCCUAUUUUAGCAUGUUUAAAUAGAAAUUUGAAUGUAUAAUGCUCAAGGCCUAUGGUGAUCAAUAAACACAUAAAAUGGGAA